UUGUAAAUUAAAGAUGGCUGCUUCCUGAGUUGAUAACUUCGACAUGUUCAACUCCUGAAAAUUUGUUAUCAAAGGAAAACAGAAAAACUGAACUUGAUCUAUUUGGCACAUUUUGAAAUAUGGAGAAGUUUUCGUCGCGAAUAACAACUAUUCUACCCAAGAGUAUCAAAGAAUUAGCUCUGAAAGAUGUGGCAAAGCUUUAUUUACUCCAGGAAGUCACUGGCUGUGCUGUCCACCUUCUCCUCCAAGAGUGUGCUGAGAAUUUCUUCCAAGGUGACAUCCAACAAUCGCUAGCCAAGUCAGAGGAACUCUUGAGCUACAGUUGGGAAAAGCUCAACACUGGACAUUGGAAAGAUGUUGACAUAGCCUGGAGACAUGUCUACACAUACGGGUCGCUUCUUAAAGUUAUGAGUAUCUGUGCUCAAUGUGACAGUGGGGAUAACACAGAGGAUGCAUUCCAGACUAAAUUUAAGAAAGCUUUAGAGGCCUGCGAUAUGGGUUUACUCAUGGGAGCUCCUGUUUUGGAUAACAUCUUGAGUCGUUUUGCUAGAGCCAUACAGACUGUCUACCAGCCACUCCUUCCUGAGCACUGUAGAAGCAAAACUCAGGAGCCGUUUGUCAAGCCUUCCCUUCCAUCUUGUCCAGUCCUAACCAUCUCUAAGGAGCAUGAGAUCCCUCGAGUGUCCUGCCCAUCUCUCUUUCAUUUCCAGUCCCAGUACAUGCAGACAAAGACCCCAGUCAUCAUUCAGGGAGCGAUGGACCACUGGCCAGCCUUAGGAGCCAAGAAAUGGAGUUUAGAUUAUCUACAUCAUGUAGCAGGUACUCGUACAGUUCCUAUAGAGCUUGGAGCUAAGUACACCGACGAGUCUUGGUCGCAGUCACUGAUGACAAUCUCAGACUUCAUCUCAACAUACAUCGAAGGGAAGAAAACAUCACAGGGAAAAGGUCAGGUGGGAUAUUUAGCCCAACACCAACUGUUCUACCAGAUUCCUGAACUGAGAGAUGACAUCUGUAUCCCUGACUACUGCUGUCUCCAUGACAACAAGGAGGAUGCAGAAAGAGAACACAAUCCAUCCUCUCAGUUCAACCAAGAUAGGGAUAGUGACUGUGAUGAUGUGGACAGCAACGUUGAUAUCAAUGCCUGGUUUGGUCCAGCUGGUACGGUCUCACCACUCCACACCGACCCUAAGCACAACUGCUUGGCACAGGUUGUUGGAGAGAAGUUUAUUCGUCUGUACAGUGAAGAAAUGACACCUUGUCUCUAUCCCCAUGGGGAUCGGCUCCUUCACAACACCAGUCAGGUUGAUGUUGAGAACCCAGACUUGUCUUGCUUCCCCCUCUUUUCCUCCGCUGACUACCAAGAGGCCAUUCUCAAGGCUGGAGAGAUGCUGUACAUUCCUCCGAGAUGCUGGCACUAUGUCCGAUCCCUCACCACUAGCUUCUCUGUGAGCUUCUGGUGGGUGUAGCUCAUGCACCAGGGAGGGCCUCAGACAAGACAGUCAUCCCCGUCAUGGUGACAAGCUGGAUCCAUGCAUAGAGCAAGGAAACAGCACUGUGAGCUACAGCAGUAGCUGGACUAGCCUUGAAGGUGGACAAAUACUUGGCAUAGUCUCCCCCUAGCUUGUCAAUCACCCAAUAACCAUCCAAACAAACAGUGGCUAUCAACAUCUCGAUUCAGCAGUGACAGGUUAUCAUUACACGGUCCUGGAUUACGGAGCUUGGGUGCAAGACUUCAGGGGAACCACCUGUUGGCCUUCUCUAUUCGUAGGGUAUGAUAUAGGCUUUGAUGGAUCCUUCCGAAACUGGUGUGGUCUUGAAGUGAGUGGCAGAAACUACAUGUGGAGGAAUUGGAAAGUGGAAACUACCGUGGUGUUGCAGCUGCCUCGCGGUGGCUCAAGGAGGAAGCCUAAAAACAGGAUGAACUCAUUUGAUAAGAUUUCUAUAAAUAUUGCCUGCAGUGAGUGGAACUCUGGUCUUGCUGAUGUUGAUACAUAUAAAACCUCUUGAAAGCUCCUUACAAACCCUGUGGUUGCUUGGAAACUAGGGUUUUAAAAGGUGUAGGGGUGAGUGGAGAAUUUUAAAUCAAGUUUUAAAAAGUUGCCUUUCCUGUCUCUUUGGAGUAUCCUCCCCCUCAAAUGUGCAAAGAAUUAACAAGAUAUGGGUCUUUAAAUGCCCAGAGCCUUUUCCCUGAUGUUAAAGUUAACUAUACCCU